GCGUGCGCCCAAACUCCACGGUGAGAUCCAUGACCCGUAUCGGUGGGCGUCAGUCGUCAACGAAACCCGCAAACGACAAAGCGCUUGCGUGCUGCAGACCGCAUCGACGUCUUGGCAGACCAAUCCCCUAGAUAAAUACAUAGCUGGGUUCCCAGCCUUGGCCAGCUGUUCCAGCCGCCCGCACAGCACCCACCGCCCUCGUUCCAGUCUACUAGCAAGCAAGCAAGCAAGCAGGUCCUUCCUUGGCUGAUGAUGAGCAUGCCGGCAUGGUCAGCUGCCCCCGGCCCCGUGCAUGUGGGAUAUGGGAAACCAGCCUGGGGAUGAUGGGGGUGGCCCCCGUCCUCGUUCGCAUCCUGAGCCUGGGUGCGGGAGGCUACUGUACGGCAAGGCCAACCAGUAUGGGGACAGACAUGCAAACAAACAGACCGCCAUGACGAGUCCGACACACCUCUUCCACAUACAGACCUCGGGCUCCUUUCUAGGCCUCGGCCUGGCCAAGCCGGUUACCUUUGCCCACCCCUUCCCCGAUAUGACAGCCUGCAAGGUGCAUGGAUGACAUGAAGAGGGGUAGUUGAGGGGUGACGCACCAACAAACCCCAACGCUCGCAUCGUCCCCAACGCCUUGCCUCAACGUUUGCUGACCUGCAAGGGGGUGGGCGAGUGGCUGAGGGAUGCGUCGCCGAAACGGCCUCGAGGAUUAGCCAAUCCGGGGAUGCUGACGACAUGAUGCGACAGAAGGCUCUGUGCCCUGGUUUCCCCCCAGCCCUGGUCAGACAAAACGUCCCGCCGUUCAGAUCGGAACCGCAUCAGGAGAGGUCUGGUAGCGCUCCAAGUGCCCAAGAUGCAAGCGGCUGUUUGUUCUGCCGGGUGCCAGAGAUUGAAUACCUAACCAUGGCCGGGGUGGAAAUGCAGAUAAGAAAUUUGCGUGCCACACAGCUAAAAAUGACUGAUAGGGAGCCAGCUCAGCCAGUUGAGACUAGGAAUCACAAUCUACAGGUCACAAACCUUAGUACGGUG